CGGGAAGCUGUGUCUGCUCAGCCCGCUAAGCCGCUCAGUCUUGGCGGCCCUGCUGCGCGGGGAAGAUUCCUCUGCCCUAGGGAACGCUGCAGUGACUCCCCGUAUCGUUACUGCUGUAGGCUUGCUGUUGGCUGUUGUCACCUUUAUUGUCAAUAACGUUCGACAGGUGCAGCUUUUAACUGCUGCAGGGGAAGAUGUUGAUAUUCCCAGUAGGCGAGUUUUCAUUACUGGUGCUACGGGACUUCUUGGCAGAGCUGUGUUUAAAGAAUUCAAUGAAAAUAAUUGGAAUGCAGUUGGCUGUGGAUACAGGAGAGCUCAGCCCAAAUUUGAACAGAUUAAUCUUCUGGACUCUAUUGCAGUUCAUGACAUUAUCCAUGAUUUUCAGCCUCAUGUUAUAGUGCAUUGUGCUGCUGAGAGAAGGCCAGAUGUUGUAGAAAGUCAACCAGAUGCUGCUUCUCAGCUCAAUGUGGCUGCUUCAGGGAACUUGGCAAGAGAAGCGGCUGGAGUUGGAGCGUUUCUGAUCUACAUUAGUACAGACUACGUAUUCGAUGGAACAAGCCCACCUUAUAAGGAGACUGAUGUACCAAAUCCCCUGAAUUUAUAUGGUAAAACCAAACUGGAGGGUGAAAAGGCAGUCCUGGAAAAUAAUGAAGAUGCUGCAGUACUUAGGAUUCCUGUCUUGUAUGGAGAGGUAGAAAGACUGGAGGAAAGUGCUGUGACUGUUAUGUUUGAUAAAGUGCAGUUCAGUAAUAAAUCUGCCAACAUGGACCACUGGCAACAAAGAUUUCCUACUAAUGUCAAGGAUGUAGCAACUGUUUGCAGACAACUAGCAGAGAAGAGAAUGUUGGACCCAUCAGUAAAAGGAACAUUUCACUGGUCUGGCAAUGAACAGAUGACUAAGUAUGAAAUGGCAUGUGCAAUUGCAGAUGCUUUCAACCUUCCCAGCAGCCACUUGAGACCAAUUACUGAUUGUCCCGUUGUGGGUGCUCUUCGUCCGAGGAAUGCUCAGCUAGACUGCUCCAAGUUGGAGAUGCUGGGGAUAGGUCAGAGAACACCAUUUCGAGCCGGGAUCAAAGAAUCACUUUGGCCUUUCCUUGUUGACAAGAGAUGGAGGCAGACAGUCUUCCAUUAGUUUGUAACUUUUUUAGUAAAAGUAUGGUAUAUGGCACUUUUUUAAAAGAAAAAAAUAGUUUUGUAUGAGUGUUCUUAAAUUGUGACAUUUACGAGUUUUCAUUUAAUCAGGUAAACAUAUGGUUUUGCACUAGUGAAAUUGUUAGCCUAAAAAAAGUUCAGUGACGAAAACUGAGCCUAUUUGAUGUCAUGGAUCUUUCCUUCCAUUCGUACCAGUCUAACUUAAUGUCUAUUUCUAGCAGAUUGUGGUUCUUGGUAAUCAGUACCAUUUGAUGCUAAGAAGGACUCAGAUCACUUGUAGACUUACUUUUGGCUGAAAUAUGUCGUUGAUGCUUAAGGUCUGUGCCAUUGUUGUAUAUACCAUUUCUCUUUAUUAAAAGACAUGGUCAGUUACUUUAUCACCCAAAAUCUGAGUUUUUUUUUUUUUAACUUCUGAAGGUGGUGUUCUUAUGAAGUUAAACUGAAGUAGGAAUCGUUAAAUGUUUGUUUUGCUUGAGCUCUGAUCAAAAUGUUUUUUAAAAAAAGUGAAACUUUAUUUUUGCAAUUAUUUAGUGUACUUUUUAUGCUUGAAAUAUUUUCAGAACGUUCUGUAACUUGAAUGCUUGCAGCUUCAUAUUUGUACAAUAAGUUGUAUGCAUUUGUUUUAACGGUGACUUACAAAAGCUAGAAGAGGGUUGGGAGGGUGAGGAACAAAUAGUUUUGACUGGUUUUUUUGGGGUGGGAGACUGGA